AUGGCCACUACAGAGCAUAGUACGUUUGAAGUUUAUUGCGUUGCAACUGCCGAUACAAAGCUUCAAGAACUCCGGUUUCUGGCCGAGUCCGUUCGAUCCCUUCUCGAUAAGUUUCGGGGUCGUUUUUCUUCGUUAAAGGAGGUAACAGUUACAGUAAUCGACGUAUCAUCCGGUCCGAACGUAGUAACGAGCUGCGGGAACUUCAAAUUCGUAUCAAGAGCGACUGUCCUGUCUGCCGCGCAACUCGACACAACGCUUCCGGACGAUAGAGCAGAAGCUGUAGGGAUCAUGAACAAGGCUCUCGACAAAAUGCUUCAGAAAUCCCAUGCAGACGGACCUCUCACCGGAGUCAUCGGGCUCGGUGGCUCGGGUGGGACCUCCUUACUCUCAUCCGCUUUUCGAUCUCUCCCUAUGGAAGUCCCUAAAAUCAUCGUAUCCACCAUGGCUAGCGGGGACACAUCGCAUUACGUUGGGACAUCGGAUUUGGUUUUAUUCCCGUCUGUGGUGGAUAUUUGUGGGGUUAACAGAGUGAGCAAGAUUGUCAUAACCAAUGCUGCAGCUGCUUUUGUCGGGAUGGUGAUGGGUCGGUUGACGAGUUUUGAAGGGUCGGUUGGUGGUUGUAAGGUUGAGAAGGCUACGGUUGGUAUAACGAUGUAUGGGAGAUUGGAGCGCGAAGGUUACGAAUGCUUGGUUUUUCAUGCAAGUGGGAUUGGAGGGAAGGCUAUGGAGGGCCUUGUUAGAGAAGGGCACAUACAGGGUGUUUUGGAUAUUACAACGACUGAGGUUGCGGAUUAUAUCGUUGGAGGAAUUAUGGCUUGCGAUAGUUCCCGGUUUGAUGCCAUAUUAGAGAAGAAGCUACCUCUUGUUCUAAGUGUAGGGGCGCUUGAUAUGGUGGCUUUAGGUCCUAAAGAAACCAUUCCCUCUAAAUUUCAACAAAGAAAGCUUCAUAAGCACAAUGAGCAGAUAACGAUAAUGAGAACUACAAUGGAAGAAAAUAAGAAGUUUGCAGCGUUUAUAGCGAACAAGUUAAACAAGUCAUCGUCACAAGUUUGUGUUUGUCUGCCCAAAUUCGGAAUCUCUGCCAUGGAUGCACCUGGCAAAGCGUUCCAUGACCCUGAUGCGACCGACAUUCUUAUAGAGCAAUUGCAAUCCCUAAUUGAAACAGGCAAAGAUCGCCAGGUGAAAGUGUUUGAAAACCAUAUCAAUGACCUGGAAUUUGCUAAUGCACUGGUGGACUCAUUCUUGGAGAUCUCUAGAAACAAGAGUUUAAUUGGUUGA